GGCAAGAGCAGGCCGGAGCGGGGAGGGUCCGGCGAGCAGCGAGCUACAAGGAUGGCUCAAGGCUCCGAGUGCCGGAAUUCCCACCUCUAUUACUACAGCAUCAAAUUUGCUUUGUCCACCUAUGCCACCCUCUUCUCGAUCCUCGGCCUCGUGAUCCUGUGCGUUGGGAUUUACGCCGAAGUGGAGAGGCAAAAGCACAAAACUUUGGAAGGGAUCUUCCUGGCUCCGGCCAUCAUCCUCCUCCUGCUGGGCUUCACCAUGUUUGGCGUCUCCUUCGUGGGCAUGGUGGGGAGCCUCAGGGACAACCGGACGCUGCUGAAGACGAGGAUGAAGAAGGGAAAGAGUUGCCCCUUCUGCUCUGGCCACAAGCAGAGACCCUGCUGCCUGGGGUCUGUCCCCAUCGGCGAGAUGCUGCUUUUGAAGAAGCGGUCGCAGGUUUUGGGUUCAAAAGUUGCAGGUUUUGGAGGUCAGGUGCAUCCGACCUCCGCCGAAGUGCGGCAGCGCACGAUGAAUGCGGUUUUCCACUCCAACAUCCAAGAGGGCAUCAGACACUAUUACGACGACCUCGACUUCAAGAACAUCUUGGAUUUUGUACAAGAAAAGUUUUCUUGCUGCGGCGGCGAUGAGUACCGAGACUGGGAGGUUAACCAGUACCACUCCUGCAACAGCAGCGGGCCACUGGCAUGUGGAGUGCCCUACACAUGCUGUGUCAGGAAGGUCCCUGGAGAAGUCAUUAACACCCUGUGUGGAUACAGGACACUUGAUAAAGAGCGCCUGGAGCUGCUCAGCAUCAUCCACGUGCGAGGCUGCAUCCACGCCGUCGGGCUCUGGCUCAAAGACAACUUCGAGGCCACUCUGGGCAUCGUUUGCUCCCUGUUGCUUCCACAGGUAAUCGGCCUCGUGAUGGCUUGGCUGUAUUGGCAAAAGCUCGACGAGAUCUACUCCAGGCUGGACACUGUUGACUUCAGGAUCCUGGAGAUGCGGGAUUUCAGCUUCGGGGCGGUGGAUCUGAGCGGCGCGGGAUGGUGCUGGUGCUUGCCCAAGGAAGGGGGCUACAUUCCUGUCAAUGCUGAGGAUGAGGAAGAUGAGGAGGAAGGUGCCAUCUGCCACAGCAAAGUGUGAGACGGUGGAAGACUGAAAGGCAGCUUGGAGCAAAGCUCUGAGGGAGGCGGCGGAUGUUGAAAUGUGGAAAUGACGUGAUUUAUCUUCUCAGGUUCAGGAGACGCUUUGGGGGAAACUGGAGAGUAACGCUGGGUGGUUAUAAAAACGCCGUGCACUGUGUGGGCACGUGAGCUUUUACUGCCUUGGUGUUUUGAAGCAUUUGUACAUCACCUUGU